CAGGACCCCUCUGAUGAUGGCUUGCACCAGAAAAAAUCUAGAUGUGAUCUAAGAUCUCAUUGCACAAAAAUCCAACCUAAUGUUCAAGAAUAAGGAUGUCUGGAACUGCUUCCACAUAGCGUCUCGAGAAGGAGAUGGAGCAAUUAUCAGCUACCUGCUAGAUGUCUGCCCAGAAAUAUGGAACACAGAGAGCAAGAUAAAGAGAACCCCUCUCCACACUGCAGCAAAGCAUGGCUGCUUCGAGGUGGUGGAAGUAAUACUGGAAAGGUGUGAUUAUAAUCCAGAAUGUAAGGACAGUUGUGGAAUAACUCCAUUCAUGGAUGCUGUGCAGAAUUGUCGCCUCCUCAUUGCUCAGUUGCUCAUAAAUUAGAUAAAGGUUUGUCACACAACUGUGGAU